GGAUUGGACCGCGUGCCGGACGACGCGAGGAUCCUUCGAGGGACGGGUAUAAAAGCGACUGUCCGCCACGCAGAGAUCAUCACAUCUUCACUUUGCUCUCUUCGCCUUGUGGUUGGGAACAGCUGCCCCUAUCCUCCGACAAGAUGAUCAAGAUCGCCGCCAUCCUUGCUCUGGCUGUUGCCGUCCAGGCUGUCCCACUGAGGUUCAACGCCGAAGGCGACCUCGACACCGCCGCUCAGACCUUCCGCGCCGUCGCUGCCUCCGAUGACCCACUGAGCCAGCCAAUCCCAUACUCCUUCAAGCACGAGUCUUCCACCGAUGAGGGCACCCACACCCACGAGGAGACCGGUGACGGCAACGGCCGCGUUUCUGGCAGCUACACCCUGACUCUCGCCGACGGCCGCCAGAGGACCGUCCGUUACACCGCCGACGAGACCGGCUUCCACCCCGAGAUCACCACCAACGAGCAGGGCACCGAGUCCAACAGCCCAGCUGACACCUCCCUCACCUCCAGCGCCCUGUCCGGCCCUGACGCCGCCCACGCCGCCGAGCCCGAGCGUCUCCGUCUCCUCGCCUCCGGAGGAUUCAAGUCCAAGGCCUAAACUGGAACCACUAGGACGCUCGCCCUAGCCGGAGAACUGGUGGCGCGCGCGGCUGGGCCUGCGGCGCAGGUCUACCCGAGCAUCGCGGCCAACGCCAUCCCACGGGCAGCGACGAUGACCACGAAGCGAUGAAAGAAGCGAAAAGGCUAUCUCCCACCCUAUUUAUGUUUUCCCGUUCGGCGUCUGAACCAGCGCCAUCGUGCUUACGUGCCUCGUGCAUCUGCGAAGGACUCAUUCAUUCCCAUUCGAACCAGGCGUCGCGCCAGAUGCACCGCGACCUUUUAGGCUUUUGAAGAAGAAACGUUCCACGUCGUACCCUCCAGUGGUGUGGCGCUGUUGAGGAGGAAGGCUCCCGGUUAUUUCCCGUCCGAGAAAGACAAGGAAAGAAACUGCCAUCUUUGUUUGUAAAUGUCCUGAAGCCAGAACAUGGAAUCUUGUUUGCCGUUUGUACGUCCUGUGUUUUGUGUCUCUUGUCCCCGUGGCCUCGUGCAAUCUUCGUUUGUUCAGACCACUACGUUCUUAACUUUUUUUCCCUUUUGCCUACUCGCUGUGGAAAAGGUUAGCACUCGUUACACCAGGCACCGCCGCAUACUGAUGUUGGCCUAUCGCUUCCACGCUGUGAUAGGAGAGGCUCCCUAACACCCUCGCAGAGCCCCUUCUCACGUAAAGCUAACUAGCAAGCUGUAGCUUUAAGUAACAACUGCGGGUCACGUUUUAUACGUAGAGUGUACAAAUACUUGUUCUUUGUACUUGCUUCUUACUACUUUUCUUUUCUUAACACCUUUUCUUACAACACAGAAGAAACAUUUCACUAUUUGACGGUUGUGGUAAACCCGUCGAUGUGUGCAAUGGUUCGACGGGGGUAGUCGGCACUAGACAUUGCAGCACCUAACUAGUACCUACGCCUUGCUUGUUAAGCGUGUUUGUCUACGUCACUGUCCAAUGUUCCUCUAAUUAGUUUUGUGUGUCCUUGUCAGUUCUGUGUACUGGUUUCACGAACUAUCAAAAUAAAACGCUAAGCAAGCCCUGUAUGAAGCAACACGCAA